AUGACAUCAGAGGCGAAGCACGCAAAGCGCGUUGCGGUCAUCGGCCUUGGCCCGGCCGGUGCCAUCACGAUCGAUGCUCUUGCGAAGGAGCAGGCGUUCGACAUCAUCAGGGUCUUCGAGCGUCGUGAGGCUCCGGGAGGAUGCUGGCUAGGUGAAGAAAACCCACCGCCCCUCAUCCAACCAGAGGAGCUCGGCCUUCUCUCUUCACGAACGGCAGAUCCUGCGCUGUCGUCAAUCCCGUCCAAUCUCCCCGCUCAAUUGCCAAAGUUGCACUCGCCACGGUAUUCUGAAUCCACGGUGUACCCUUACCUCGAGACCAACGUGGAUUUCGUCCCCAUGCAGUACACCCAGGAGCCAUUCCCCACUCAACUGUCAGAGCUCUCCAGAUCCAUCCACGGAGAAGAUACACCCUUUCGGCACUGGUCCCUAGUCCAAGACUACGUCCGUUCUCUGGUCGACCGAAGGGGCUACGGAGAUUUUGUUAGUUACAAUACCACCGUGGAACGGGCUGAAAAGGUGCCUGAUGCAAGCGGUUCCAACGAGGAGUGGAAGCUCACAUUACGCAAAGAUGGCGAGAACACUGAUUACUGGUGGGAGGAGAGAUUCGAUGCCGUGAUCGUUGCGUCUGGGCAUUACAGUGUGCCUUUUAUCCCCCUCAUCGACGGUCUGUCUAAGUUUGCCAGAGACCGUCCCGGAAGCGUAAUUCACAGCAAGCACUUCCGAGGUCACGAUGCGUUCAAGGGAAAGAGGGUCGUGGUAGUCGGCGCCUCCGUUUCGGCAGGAGACAUCGCCUACGAUCUGACCUCGGUGGCCCAAGCACCUGUUUAUGCCGUGGUGAAGGGACAUACUUUCAACGGAUACUUUGGUGACGAGGCUUUCAACCACCCCCUGAUCAACAAGGUUACCUCCAUCUCCCACAUCGAACCGGCCACUCGGACCAUCCACUUUGUAGACGGGUCAUCCGUGUCUGACGUGGACGACAUCAUCUUCGGUACUGGAUACACCUGGACACUCCCAUUCUUCACGUCCCCGUUAUCCAACUCUUCAACCAAAGCCACCAAGCCACUCCCGACUCCUCGCAACAACCGCAUUCCAAAUCUCUACUUACACACAAUCUAUACCCCGGAUCCCACGAUUCUCUUCGUCGGUGCCGUCAACGCAGGUCUAACGUUCAAAAUCUUUGAAUACCAAGCCGUCCUCGCCGCCCGACUGCUCGCCGGCCGCGUCUCAUCCUCCCGGCUCCCAUCAACGGAAGCCCAACUCGCUUGGGAAGCAGACCGCAUUGCAAAACGCGGCGACGGCCCAAAAUUCGCGCUCGUCUUUCCAGACUUUGAGGAAUAUUUUGAGGAGUUGAGGAGACUAGCUGGCCCACCCACGGCAGAUGGCAAAGGCCGAGAGCUGCCGCCUUUUAACAAGUUCUGGUUCGAGAGAUUUAUGCAAGGUCAUGAGCGUCGAAAGGACAUGUGGAGGAGGUUGAAUGCGCAAGCGAGGGAAACACCACAGGUGGGAGCGAACGGUUCUGUAGGUGGUGUGCUGGCAAAGUUAUAA